AUGCCCUUCAACGCAGACGCAUACGACCUCAAAUGCCGCCAAAUGUCCAACGAAGCCCUCAUCGCCCGACGAACCCACUACGUCCGCCAACUCGCAAGCAGCUCGACCGCAACAGCGCUCCACACCGCAGCAGGCGCAGUCACCGCGGGCCUAAGCUGGCUCAUGGUCCCCUACGACGCGGCGCGCAUCCGCAACGCCCGGAGAGAACGGCGGAUUCUCGAGCGGCACGCCGUCGAGAGGGGGUUGGCGGUGAAGACGAAGCGGGGGGACGUGUUGGUUCCGAUGGCGCUGGGGGUGACGUUUGGCGCGGUCGCGAUCGAGGGGGCCGAGGUGUGUGCGGAUGUGCUGGUUGGCACCGGGGGAGGGUCGUCUUCGAGCGCGGCGGCGGCGGCGCAUGGUGUUGUCAAGGGGGUUGCUCAUGUUGGGCUUGAUGCUGGGAUUGCGACGGCUGAGCAUGCGCAGGCCAAGAGAGGAAAGAUGAAGGUUGAGGAGAGGUCGACGGGGGGGGAGGUGAACGAGGUGGUUCAAUGA